AUGCAAAACGGCAGCCACGACGGCCCAUCAACCCAAGAUGAACGCGUAACACCUGUGUCCGAUCUCACACCCCUGACCGGGUCUGAAGUCGAAAAUGCAACGGAAUCUGUCCCCCCCGAAUCGAUCCCUUCCGAGCCGAAAGAAGUCGAAGCUGUCCCGCAAUCCGAAGAGCCUCCAUCCAAGAAACGUAGGAUUACGGAUUCUAUCGCAUCGCCACGUUCAACUCCCCGACCACCAUCUCCGCCGUGGAAGAAAGCUGGCUUCGAUGGUCCGACGUCGUUCUUGCUUGAAGGAAAGCGCAGGUCUUCACGGACCAACGCGGCCCCUGUCGAAUCGCCACCUCCGCUGGACAAAAGACACACACGGGGAGGGCAGAAGGGACAUAGCAGGUCCACACGCGAUAGCACAAAACCGGUUACUUCCUCGCCGUUAUCCGUGACGCAAUCACGCGCCGAACUCAAUGGAAAGCUAGUUGGAAAGACGACCAAUGGAUCCCCAAGAACCCCAUCGUCGCGCGCGGUGGCCACCAAGCCUCAACGAAUCUCUCAGACCCCGGUUUCUAAGCCAAGUAAUUCGCGCGCACGAGCCCGAAGUUCUGCCACGCUUCCUCGUGCCCCCGGUACCAAUGGGACAAGCUCUCGUUCUCUCCGUGAUCGCAAUUCCCUUUCAAACUUAGCGCAAGAAGUCAAUGGAGACUCGAAUGAUGUUAACAUGGACGGCGAUGAACAAGAUCAAGGCUUACAAAAGGUUCCACGACUGCGACUCAAGGUUGGCAAACCUGUUCUUCCUAUUCGACACCCCGGCCAUAUUCCACAGAAGAAGUAUACCUCAUUCCGGGAAUGGGUAGACCAAGAAGACCGCUCGAAUACGAUAUCAAAUGACGAAGCUCUAAUAGAAGCGCACAAGCGGCGCGAGAUCAUGGAAGCCGCAGAGGCUGGUGGACCGCUAAGCUCAGAGGUUUGCUCGGCAUACCUGACUGAGCAGCAGGAAGAGCCCCCACCGCAAUACUCGCAUCAAGAUCAUUUGAUUUCCCACGCGCUUUUCUUCCACAAACUCCUUGUCCAGGAGCACAAACGUCACCGACAGACAGCCAAAAUGUUUGCGCAAUGGUGUGCCGAUGCCUAUCGGAAACGUCAUAAAAACCCAGAGGAUAUUCUCCGCGAGCAACAGGAAGAAAUGCGCGGAAAGCGUAAGCAAUUAGGCAAGGAUCUUCAGAAGAUGUUCGACUUAACCCGGGCCGAUAUUGAUCGGGCUCGAUUAGCACGCUGGGAAGAGGAGCGCAAAGUACAAGAUCAACAAGCUCUUGACCGUGCGAUCCAGAAGUCCACAGCGUUGUUUGAAAAGCGGCGAUCAGAGAUUCUAGGCGAAGUACCUAGUGACGCCCCCGCGACGAGUGACGAUGAGGACCUCGAGUCCGGCUCUGAGUCUGGCUCAGGCGAAGAUGACGAAAGCAAUAUGUCGGGCUCUGAAUCUGCAACAGACGACGAAGCAAACAUAGAUGAUGACGCUGACUUAACGGCCGAAGAACUCCGAUUGAAAUACGCCAACCUACCUGAUGACCAAACCGACCGAAUGUCAAUAACCUCUGACACCAGUGCGAUGACCAACCCCAACGAAUCCAUGGAUCCAGAAGCUGCCCUAGACAACGAGUCCCAAACCACUCCCGGAGAAACCAAUCUUGAGGACGUGGACUCGGUGCUUAUGGAUGACAGCGAUGCCUCCACCGAUAUGGACGAUGAUAUGGGUGAUAGUGACGAGGAAGCGGAUGAUUCGGAAGAAGAGGACUCGGACGAAGAUGAAGAUGGCGAGAGCAGAUCUGGCCUGAUGGGUUUCUUCUCCAAGAAGGAGCUCUCCGUACCUCAUGAUGGCGAGGAGGAAGCCGAAGAGGCAGAUCCCGAACAAGAUGAGGUCUCGGACGAAGAAUCAGAAUCAGAUGAAGAUAAUAGAUCCAGUUUGCUCGGAUUCUUUUCGAAGAAAGAGAUAUCUGCAAUCAAAGAUGACCAGGACACCAAAGAAACAGGAACAGACAUUGAACAUGAUGAUGACGAGCUUGACUUCGAGGAUCAGGAUGAAGUCUCUCUCGUUCCAAUCGGACCAACAGCCAGUGAAGGCAACAUGGCUGAAGACAACUCGCCUGAUGGAACGCCCUCCAACAUUGUCAAUGCCUCUGAAACAUCCCCUGUCACUGGCGGAGAAACACCUGCCAUGGAUACUCCAACAGAAGAGGAAAACACCGAAUUAGAAGCCGAAGAAGCCUCCCCUGUUGGCGUGACUGACAUUUCUGAUCAGCCCCAGCUUAUGGAGGUAGAUACCGUCCAUGACAACCAAGCCAGCGGCGAACUGUCUAGUGAGGCUUCGCCGGGAACAUUCGCCACAAAACCAUCUGAACCAGAGUCUGUCUCUUCGCUGGAGCCCGCUAUUGAGAAGGCAUUGAUAACAUCUCACUCGCCUGCUCCUGGUAUGCAGACACCUAUUCCAUCACUUCUUCGCGGCACCCUACGUGAAUACCAGCACUACGGUUUAGAUUGGCUUGCAGGUCUCUACAACAAUCACAUCAACGGUAUUCUGGCAGACGAGAUGGGUUUGGGCAAAACAAUUCAGACAAUUGCCCUACUCGCCCAUCUUGCUGUGGACCAUGGUGUCUGGGGCCCACACCUGGUAGUCGUUCCCACCAGUGUUAUGCUCAACUGGGAAAUGGAAUUCAAGAAAUGGUGUCCAGGCUUUAAGAUCAUGACAUACUAUGGUAACCAAGAAGAGCGCAAGCAGAAGCGCCGCGGGUGGACCGACGAUAAUGCCUGGAACGUGCUGAUUACAUCGUAUCAACUCGUUUUGCAAGACCAGCAGUCUCUCAAGCGAAGGAAUUGGCAUUACAUGAUUCUUGAUGAAGCACACAACAUCAAGAACUUCCGAUCACAGAGAUGGCAGGCCCUUCUCACGUUCAAAUCCCGUGCCAGGCUUCUCCUAACGGGUACACCAUUGCAGAACAACCUCACUGAGCUCUGGUCCCUUCUAUUCUUCUUGAUGCCCUCAGAUGGUUCAAGUGGUGGUGUUGAAGGGUUUGCAGACCUAAAAGACUUCUCUGAAUGGUUCCGCCGUCCAGUAGAACAAAUCUUGGAGCAUGGCAGAGAUACGAUGGACGAAGAAGCCAAGGGUGUCAUCACCAAACUUCACACUGUUCUUCGUCCGUAUAUCCUGCGUCGACUCAAGGCCGACGUCGAGAAACAAAUGCCCGGCAAAUACGAGCAUGUUAUCUACUGUCGGCUCUCUAAGCGUCAGCGCUACCUCUACGAUGGCUUUAUGUCGAUGGCGCAAACCAAAGAGACGCUGGCAUCCGGAAAUUUCCUCUCUAUCAUUCACUGUCUCAUGCAACUACGAAAAGUUUGCAACCACCCUGAUCUCUUUGAAACUCGUCCCAUUUCUACCUCCUUUGCCAUGCCACGUUCUGUGGUAACAGAUUUCAAUAUCAAGGAAUCCCUUGUUCGGCGAAGACUUCUGUUUGAACACCCUCUCACCAAGAUUGACUUGGAUUUCCUCAACCUCGCUCCCGUAUCUCGAGAAGAUAUCUCGCGGCGAUUGGCCGACGACAGUAUGAGGCUCAUGGCCAUAAAACCUUUCAAAACUCUUCGCGAGCGCCAGUACAAUCGUACCAAUUGGGAAAUGGGAUUCGAUGGCUCUAACAUGCAAACCAUUCUGGAAUCCCUCGAGAAUGCAUGCCGCAAGAGGCGAAUGGCUGAGCUAGAGCGCUGUCUCUACUUUGAAACUAAGCGCCACGGCCGCCGUCCUAUCUAUGGUAGCAGCCUCGUCGAGUUCCUCAGGGCUGGCACCAAGGAACAUGCUCUGUCCAAUGCACCGUUGCGUAAGCGCUCGAUGUCUGAAUGGUUAUCGAGUCGAUCCUCAGUGCUUGCUUCGAUGAUUCUGACCGUCGAAGAGCGAGCCCUGGAAAUGGACGGUUAUGUUCAGAGAUUCGCCUGUGUCACCCCUGCUGCUGUUGCUGCAGGCAUGAACGAAGCCGCCUUGACUCCAGUUGAGACACGGCUUUUGACGAAUACCCGCAAAGAUCAGCCUUACGAUCCGUUCCAUGAAGCACGCAUGCGCCUCUCUAUUGCGUUCCCGGAUAAGAGACUUCUUCAGUAUGAUUGUGGAAAGCUACAGCGCCUGGACAAGUUGUUACGCGACCUCAAGGCUGGCGGCCACCGAGCAUUGAUCUUCACUCAGAUGACCAAGAUGCUUGAUAUUCUGGAACAAUUCCUCAAUAUCCAUGGGCAUCGCUAUCUUCGGCUCGACGGAACUACAAAGGUCGAGUCGCGACAGAUGCUUACGGAACGGUUCAAUAGUGAUCCUCGUAUUCUCGCUUUUAUUCUGUCCAGUCGAUCCGGUGGCCUCGGAAUCAAUCUUACGGGCGCCGACACGGUCAUUUUCUACGAUCUAGACUGGAACCCGGCCAUGGACAAGCAAUGUCAAGACCGUUGCCACCGCAUCGGUCAAACUCGGGACGUCCAUAUUUACCGAUUUGUGUCUGAGUACACCAUUGAGUCCAACAUUCUCCGCAAGGCCAAUCAGAAGCGAAUGCUGGAUGAUGUGAUUAUCCAAGAAGGCGAGUUCACCACGGACUACUUCACCAAACUGGAUACCCAGGCCCUGGCCGAGACCGACGAGCGCGACGGCCAGGAUGAGGCCAGUGCCGCCAUGGACCGUGUUCUCGGCAAUCGCGUCGCGGGCACCCGCGUUUUCGAGCAGGCAGAGGACAAGGAGGAUCUGGACGCGGCCAAGAACGCGCAGAAGGAACAGGAGCAUGCAGACGACGGCGACUUCGAGGAGCACAGUGCUUCACAUGGGACUCCUGCACAAGUCGGCACGCCCCUGGACGAUGGCUCUGGAACCCCGGCACAAUCCGUACCCACCGAGGACCCAGAAUUGGAGGUGCAACCUGGUCACAUCGACGAUUACUUGUUACGCUUCAUGGAGUGGAACAUGAAGGAUGAGCCCCUGGUUCUGCCUCCGGAUAAGAACAAGAAGAAAUCCAAAAAGGGCAAAGAGCAUCAUCUCAAGAGGCGACGCUAG